CAGCUUACUGACAGAUUGACAGUUACUACGGUCCGCUCGCGAAACGGAGUGGAUGUGUUUGUCUAGUCUGGAGAGGGAGAUUCAUUUUCUUGUUGGAUUUAACGUGAUGUCUUUUUUGGACUACAGAACUUCAACAAGGGAUACCACGCCUUUUGCGAGUACAGAAUAACGGAAAAGAAAAGUCUAAUUUCAGGCUUUUAACUUACUAUACGAAUAAAGUGAUAUUAGCGGCGUAUUUGUGUUUCAUGGCUGCUGGGGAUGUUUCCCAGCUGCCGGCGACAAUAGCGGCCAGCCGGAACGUGGAGAAGGCGCUGGAGGAGGCUGCGUCGAGCGGUGCUCUCAACUUGUCUAACCGUAAACUGAAGGAGUUUCCACGAACCGCUAAGAACUAUGACUUGUCGGACAUUACAUACGCAGAUCUGUCUAAGAACCGGCUGUGCGAGCUGCCUGAGGAGCUGUGUCAGUUCAUCUCCCUGGAGACGCUCAGCCUCUACCACAACUGUGUGCGCUCCGUCUCCGCCAACCUGUGCCACCUACAGGCCCUCACCUACCUCAACAUCAGCCGUAACCAGCUCUCUAGUCUGCCCCCAUCCGUGUGUCAGCUGCCCUUACUGCGGGUUCUCAUCGUCAGUAACAACAAGCUGUCGGCCCUGCCCGCCUCCAUACCCGCCCUCACACACCUCCGCCAGCUGGACGUGAGCUGUAAUGAUCUGCAGGGUUUGCCUGUGGAGCUUGGCCAGCUGGCCAGUCUCCGGGACCUCAACCUGCGGAGGAACCAGCUCACCACGUUGCCCGAAGAGUUGGCCGAGCUGCCGCUGGUGCGUCUGGACGUGUCGUGUAACCGGGUGGUGCGCGUGCCCGUCUGCUACCGCCACCUGCGGCACCUGCAGACCAUCAACCUGGACAACAACCCGCUGCAGUCGCCGCCGGCACAGAUCUGCUCCAAGGGCAAGUUCCACAUCUUCAAGUACCUCAACAUGGAGGCGUGCAAGAGGAGCCAGGACGAGCUGCUGGCGCUGCGGCCCACACACUUCAACAGCUGCUUGUCGGAUCAGGAGCUGUUUAUUGGGCAGUACGGAGGGCUGGACUCUGGCUUCAACAGCGUGGACAGUGGCAGCAAGAGGUGGUCAGGAAACGAGUCUGCCGAUGACUUCUCUGAACGCUCUCUGCGUAUGGCUGAGAUUAACCGAGAACACAGGAAUCUAUUGGAGGAGGAGACACACACAAUACUGCCCACAGAAAAAGUAAAUGGAGAGGUGGAGCAGGUGGACUUCAUCGACAGCAGCGUGACAGAAGAGGAGGAGCCUGAGCCGCAGCGGCCCAGCACACCGCUCACAGCUCCCCCACAGGAUAAGAGUGAAAGUGUAUCACCAUCGCACAGCCCAGAGUCCGCAGACAGCAGGACGAGUGUGAGUGUGGAGUCUGCGGACUCCCCGCCGCCCUCCUCCUCCAGUCCGUCCAGCCCCACGGAGGAGCGGCGGAGGCCCGGCACGCUGCUCAUCUGGCAGGAGCGCGAGCGCCGCGUGCAGCAACAGAAGGCCCGUGACAUAGUCUUGCUGAAGACUGCAGUGAAAACAGGAAGUAACGCCACAGCGAGCAGCUCACAGGCAGGAAGUAGCACCGGUGGUGGAUCAACCGAAAGCAGCCCUCCCACCCAAAAUGGCCUCAGAAAUAGAUGUGCAAGUGCAGACCAGAUGUCUUCCCUCUUAAACACAGCGGCCAGCCAACAGCGGCCGUUCAGCAGACAAGUCUCAGAGGGAAUCUCAGCCCCCAAGCCCACCUCUCCCCCCGGCCAGGCUCAGAAACCCAACAGCUUCCUGUUCCGCACCUCCUCUCGCUGUUCUGUGCAGUCUCUGGUGGAGUCUGGACGCAGUGAGUCCCGCACCACCCUCAGGAGUCCCCGGGAGGAGAAGCCAGAGGUGCUCCAGCUGCGCAAGACUCUGGAGUCCAAGCUGAAGAUCUCUCUCCCCGAAGACCUCGGCGACGCCCUGUCCAAUGGCACCAUCCUCUGCCAGCUGGUCAAUCAAGUCCGACCGCGAGCCGUGUCAAUCAUCCACAUCCCCUCCCCCGCAGUGCCCAAACUGAGCGCUGCCAAGUGUCGACUCAACGUGGAGAACUUCCUCGCUGCCUGCCGCAAACUGGGCAUCCCAGAGGCGGAGGUGUGUAUAGCGUCCGAUGUGCUCUGCUGUCGGCUGCCAGCUGUGAUGCGUACAGCGCGAGCCUUGCUGGCCCUGGAGGGGGAGGAGCCGGGGGCAGAACCCGUGGAGGAGUCAAAGGGCCGCCCACGUGAGGCUCCUUCCUCCCUCUCUCCCGCCUCCCCCUCCUCGGCCCCGCCCCUCCGGCUCCCCAGCGGCUUCCUGCUCUUCUACUCCCUCGCCAUGGCUCUGCUCUAUGCCCUCUACUGCCACCUCACCGCCUAGAGCGUGUGUCUGUGUGUGUCUGUGCGUGUGUCUGUGCGUGUGUGUGUGUGUGCACGCACUAUGGGCUAUCGCAAAUGCUGCAAAAGUAAACUGUCAUGCUUGUCAGUGGCUAAGGAAGAUUUAUGUACAUACACACAAUCACAGCUAUGUA